AUGCUUGGAGAAGAUGAAGGCAUAAACAAGCACUGCACUACUUUGACAAAAUGGAAUCCUAUGUUUAUUAACGACGUCUACUCUAUCGUCUUUAACAACUCUACAAUUCAAAGCAUAGGCUUCUGGUUUGGACAUCCCAUUUGCUGGAUACAGAUCGUAGGAUACGUGGUUUCGUUAGAUGUCUAUGAAGAAAAAUGCAUUUGUAUAGUUGAUGAUUGCAGUGGGCAAAGUUUGCGCACCGUCUUCUCUCUGCAGGAGAGACGUUCCGAGGCACAAAAAGCAAAAGGAUUAUAUCCUGGAACUAUUGUUCGCAUUGGUGGGAAAAUCCAGCGUUCCCGUUCUUUUCAAUUGGUUGCCUAUAAGUUAGAGUUACUUGAGGAUCCAAAUGCUGAAUGGAAGGAAUGGCUUCAAAGGAUCCAUUACAGGAAAAAUCUACAGAGAACGCAAUCGAGUCUCAAAUACGUAAACAAUAAAUAUGGGGUUCCUUGCAAAUCGAUCAAUUCCAGCAAGCACGCUAAGGUUCUCCUUUCUCACUUGCGCCGAUUAUGUAAAGCUAAUCCAGAGGCUGGCUUCACUAUUGAAGAAGUGCUUGGAUUUUUGAAAAUACAUUACCUGGAGCUUCCUUCCAUUCCCAUUAUAGACGUGGAAAGUCAAAGGAUGGAGAUGUUACAUGGGAUCGAUGAGGAAGCUAUACGACUUUCACUUUUAUCUCUUGUGCAACAUGGGAGAGUUGUAUACAAAAAGCCACAUAAUGUAUAUCGUUUACUGUAUAGUAAAGAUGUGAUCAGAUUUGUGAUGCCGAUGAUGCCUAGUGGACGUCUUGAGGCCCAUCGUGUUUUAGAUUUGCUUCGUCAAGGAAAUGCCAUGUUUCAAACAGUUCCCAUCUACGCUGUUGCUAAACAUAUUCGAAAGUUUCUUCGGUGCGCCAGGAGUACCUGGGACGAAAUAGAGAAGUAUGUUUGGGAACUUCAAAACCAUAACUAUGUUUUUUCUACCAAGCUAGUGUAA